AGAGGAAACGAUAAGGAGAGAGAGGUGGUACGGUCCUGAUGGCUUUCUCACCGCUCUGGCUGAAUUUUUUUGGGUGGCUUUUGGUUACUUUGAGCUUAGCUAGGUGUGAGCGUGGGAUUGAGACUUCUGCGCAACAAGAAGCGGACAGAGUGGAUAAACUUCCCGGCCAGCCUCCGGUGAACUUCAGGCACUAUGCCGGAUAUGUUACCGUCAAUGAGAGCCAUGGAAGAGCUCUCUUCUACUGGUUCUUCGAAGCAACGCAAACCCCACAAAGAAAACCUCUUCUACUUUGGCUCAAUGGAGGCCCCGGAUGUUCAUCCGUUGGGUAUGGAGAAGCAGAGGAGCUAGGGCCUUUCUUCCCUCAAAAUAGCAGCCAACCAAACCUAAAGCUCAACCCAUAUUCAUGGAACAAAGUGGCCAAUUUAUUGUUCAUCGAAUCUCCUAUUGGAGUCGGGUUUUCCUACACCAACACUAGCAGUGAUAUCAAAGAACUGGGCGACAAAGUUACAGCCGAGGACUCAUACCAUUUCCUAAUCAACUGGUUCCAAAGAUUCCCACAAUUCCAGUCCCAUGAGUUUUACAUUGCUGGAGAAAGCUAUGCAGGACAUUAUGUUCCACAACUGUCGGAGCUCAUUUUUGAGAAAAAUAAGAAAGCGUCCAAGGAAAACUACAUAAACUUCAAAGGAUUCAUGAUAGGGAAUGCGGCCAUAGAUGACGUUGCAGAUCAGACGGGAAUGAUCGAUUAUGCAUGGGAUCAUGCGGUGAUAUCAGAUCGGUUGUACCAUGAGAUCAAGAGCAAAUGCAACUUCAGCGAUGAACACCCUCCCCGUAGCUGCGAGUUUGCCAUCUAUGACUACUUCAAAGUGUACAGUAUUAUUGACAUGUAUAGCUUGUACACUCCUAAGUGCCUUGAUCAGAGUAAUAGCACCGGUGCACGGCGGCGCCCUUUUAUCCAAGGCGUCGUCGCUCCACAUUACUUGUCCAAAUUUGAUGGGUGGCACAUGAAACCGUCAGGUUAUGACCCUUGUGUAUCAGAAUACACUGCAGAGUAUUUGAAUAGGCCAGAUGUUCAAGAAGCAUUGCAUGCCAAUGUCACCAAAAUCUCCUACCCUUGGACUCAUUGCAGCGAUAUCAUCAAAGUUUGGAAUGACUCACCAGCAUCAAUUCUUCCUACAAUAAAAAAACUUGUGGAUGGGGGUCUCCGCAUUUGGAUUUAUAGUGGAGAUACUGAUGGUAGAGUACCAGUAACUUCAACUAGAUACGCGUUGAGAAAGCUUGGACUACCUAUUAUUGAAGACUGGACUCCUUGGUACACCAGUCAACAGGUUGGCGGUUGGAGAGUCACGUAUGAUGGGCUUACAUUUGUAACCAUUAGAGGAGCAGGUCAUGAAGUUCCGACUUUUGCACCCAAACAGUCUCUCCAGCUGAUUACACACUACUUGGCCAAUCAGAAACUGCCAUCUGCACCAUUUUAGUUAUUGCUAGUUCAUCUGCUUUGAAUUUCAUCCUUAAUUUGAUUUGAUUUCUGGGACCAAGCAUAUAUACCUUACCAUUGUAUUGCAAUCAUGCUGAAUUGGGUGCCAAAUGGUUUUUACUUUCAGUCAAUUGUUUUCCCUUU